AUAACUUCAAAUCUCCAAAUAAUAUGUAGCAUCCUGCAUUCCUGUCUAUAAUAGUACAUUCACAUAUUUUCACUUUUUUACGUUGAAGCCUAAAUUCUCCAGAUUUCAUUCAUUCGUUAUCAACAAAAGUUUUAUUGACCCAUUGUAAUAUUAUCUGAUUGUUAAAAAAAAUUUGAUAUAAUUAAUUAUUAUCGUUUUCAAUAUUGUCCUGUGGUAUUACGUUUUGAUUUUUUUAACACUACCAUAAGAUAUUAAGAUAUUAAAUAAUAUUUAGACUGCAUUCUACGACUUUUGAUUUCAAUCAACUUUAAACAAAACAAACACCAAUAUGGUGAAAUUGUUUGCUAUGAGUGUAUUGUACAAAGGAUCUAAUGAUUCAACGCUAUUGAAAUCUGCAUUUGAACUGCAGUCAUUUGGUUACUUUCAACGUAAAAGUGUGCAGGAAUUCAUGGGAUUUGUAACUAAAACCAUAGUGGAACGUACAGCGAGUGCUGCAAGGCAAUCUGUAAAGGAAAAAGAGUAUAUGUGUCAUGUUUAUGUACGGGCGGAUAAUUUGGCUGGUGUUCUAAUAUCCGAUGAUGAAUAUCCUCAUAGAGUUGCUCAUACACUUCUAACAAAGGCAUUAGAUGAAUUUUCUGCAAAAGUUCCAUCUCAUAGUUGGCCAAAACUUAAUGAAACACAGGUUACAUUCAAUGAACUGAAUGCUAUGUUAGCCAAGUAUCAAAAUCCCAAAGAGGCUGAUGCUAUGACAAAAAUUCAACAAGAUCUAGAUGACACAAAAAUAAUUUUGCAUAGUACAAUUGAAGCCGUUUUGGAACGUGGUGAAAAACUUGAUGACCUGGUUGCCAAAUCCGAAGGCUUAAGUAUGCAGUCCAAAGCAUUUUAUAAAACUGCUAAGAAAACGAAUGCAUGUUGUCGGAUGUAAUGAAUUUGAUUAUUACUACCAAUAUGACAACUGGUUUUAAGUAUAAAUAAUUUUUUACUCAGUUAGUCAACAAAAAUGUGACUACUUAUAAGGAUAUAAAAAAACAAUAUUAAGGCUUAUUUAUUAUUACAUUCCGAUCCCUUCCCAAUUUAUAUUUUAUACUGUAAUAAUCGGAGAAAAAAGUGUACUCAUUAAUUUUUAUCCACAAUUGGGGACAUGAUCAAUAUUUUAUAAUAAACUGGAUAUAAAAUUUAUUUUUUAACACAAAAAAAAACAAUGAAUUUAAUAAAAAAUUUAAAUUAAUCUGAAAUUAUUUCUUGAAAUAGAAAACAUUUUUGUUUAUUAUACUAUUUUUUGUUAUAACAGAUCCUGCUUCAUUAUUCUGAUUCAAUUCGUCUAGCUAUAAAUACAAUUAAACUAAAUGCAUUUUCUUAAAUAAAGAUGAAAAUAUACUAAAUUAUUAAUUAAAUAUACCGAUAAUCUUUAGUUUUAUUAUAUAAAUUCUUGAUAUUAACUUAUUUCUAUAUCUGCUUUUUUAACUUCUAAAAAAAAGUGUAUAGGAAAUGAUUUAAGUUGUAAAUUAUCUUACAAUUAUCCAUGACGUUCUUUGGUAAAUUAUUGUUUUGUUAUAUAUGAAUUUAUAAUUCAAUAGCCAUAUAAAUAUUCUUUCGAUUGAACAUAAUAGCUGCUAGAGCUUGUAUAACUCCUAGAGUUGUGAGAUAUUAUAGUAUAAAGAAAAAUAAAUAUUGAAACAACAUUGAUUAUACCUAAUCAGUUGUGUCUUUUGUCCAUCUAAAAAUGAGAAAUAAGAUGAGAAUAAUUUUAACAUUUAACUUGAUUUUAUCUUCUACAUAUUCAUAGUGUAAUUCUUAAGUUUUUGCCAGUUUCUACCAUUUAUAAUUGAAAAAUAUACAUGUACUUUAGUGAAGGAUCAAGAAACUGUUAAAGGUAUCAUAUUUUUGUUUAUAAUAUUUUAUUAUUAUUAUAAAAACAAUUAUUUAACUAAUUUGUAGUUAAUGAAUUGUUUGAUCUUUUAAAUUAUUGGAUUUAUAUUUAUUAAGGUCUUUUAUUUAAUAACUUUGAGUUUAAAUCCUUCAAUCCAUAGAGCAAUUCUAUCAUAUUAUCUACAAUGUGAUAGUGAUGUGUAUAGGAAGGAGCCCCUGGGUCAUGCUCCACAGUGCAAUUUCAAGUUCAAUUAAAAGUUAAAACAUAUUCUGUAAAUCAUAGUACCCCAGCCCCUAACAUUUAAUUAGCUCAUAGUGAAAAUAAUUCUUAUUUAUGCCAUUGAAAGGUGAUGUAAAUGUUUGGAUUUUAAAUACAUAUUGUGAUAUUUUAUGUCAGUUAUUUUUUAAUAAAACGGUUUUUUUUUUACAAUA